UCGACGUCGUGUUGUUCUGCUGGUGGAGAUGACGUUGAUAAUGAUGGCUCUGUGGUCGGACUAGAUGAGGUAGCGUCAUUUGUGGUAUCGUUUAGGCUCGGCAUAAGCCUAGGCGGCGAAGAUGGAGGGCUUGAGGAAGGCCCCGACAAUGAGGAAUUAGCUGAGGUUUGUGACAGUAUUGUCACCUCAUCGAUUUUCUGUUGUUUGGAUUUGGACUGA